CAAGUUUGAAACAAAUCAGUGAUUCGAGUAUUACCAUCGUUGCCUGCCCGGUUUUCUCUUUGUUAUCGUCUAAAUAAUCAGAUGAGGAAUUGUCCUAAAAAAUGAUUAAAAACAGCUCUCUUAAGUCCCCGUCUUCCCAUAAAAUACAGUUUGUUCAGUGGCUUUAAUAUGAAGCCUGUAUGCGGUUUGUGUUAAAAAAGGAUGCAAUUCAAAUUGUAAGGCCUUUCCUGACAGCUUUCCUGACAGUCGACAAGUUGUAAAGCUGACCGGCCAGAAAAUCUUUGACUUGAAAUUUUGUUCUUCCAUCAUUGUUUUUGAUCAGUGGCAAAUGACAUCGGAUGCUUCUGGGAACCCACGGUACUCGGGUUGUGCUGUCUCUGGUCAACAACCAAACACCUGGCUUAGAAGUAAUCUUAUCAGGGUCCCAAGCAAAGUAAAAAAAGUUGAUGUUAAUCUUGCAUACACAACUAGGAACUGUACUUUACUUGGUGGAGAUAGUUUCUGUAGAGAAUAUUUCGACUUUUACGUGCAUCAGUCUAUGAACUCAUCGACACCUGACCCUUCAAGAAACAAUGCCACUUAUGAAAAGAUUGCUGAAAUAACCUCGCCAAUCUUUGAUAUCAAUGUCAGAGUAGCAAAAACUUUUUGUGUUGAAGUGAAAGAAAAAUACAUCAUUCUGGCCUUUCAUAAUCAAGGUUCUUGUAGUUCUAUUUAUUCUGUCACCGUCAGUUAUUACCUCUGCCCAGAGUUUACUGUUGUUAGUGGCUUGGUGUCCUUACCACAAUUUACGGCUCCAGCAAACAAUGCUAAGCCAGUUGUCGGUACCUGCGUGACAAAUGCCGUCUACUAUCAAGGUAACAUAACUGUGGACUGCCAAAGCGAUGGCGUUUGGAACAUUGGUUCACUUAAGGGAAGAUGUGUAUGCAGGGAGGACAUGGAAAAUAAUGAAGGAGAAUGCAAAGGUAUAUAACUUGAAAAUUCACGUCAAAAAGAGAAAAAAUAACAGGGAUUUUGCCUUUUAACUCUCAUGAUCUUUUUAAAAGUGACUUGUUUAUAAUGAUAAUGACUAAAAGAUUGCUUUCACCUAUGAUAUUGGCUUUGUUUACGUCAUUGGAUACUGCAUAAAGAAUACUUUAAACGCUUGUGUAAAGUUUACUCCCACUAUUCAUCUUUCGUUGAGAUUGACGAAGACUUUAUUAAUAAAUUUGUGUUAUUUCCCACUUCAGAAUGCCCAGAUGGAAAUUUCAACGACCAGAAUGGCUUCAACUGCACUGGUAAGGACGCUGAUAUUAUAAGAUUUUGUAAGCCUGGUUUUCGUUUAUUUUUGCUGUUGAGGAACACAUUGAGUACAUGUAUCAGUAAUUACACUUUCCGUUAACUGAGCAAUUGCAACUAAAAAAAAAAAAAAAAUGAAAUCCUUUACUUUUGUAAAAUUGAGGAUACGGUAGACCUUCGGGGCCAAUUUUUUUAAACUAGGCAUUACAAUUUUAACUGUAGUUUCCACGAAAAAUUUAGCUAAACUUUUGAAACGCACGCGAGAUAUUUCCUUACUGAAUUCUUUAGCCCGCCAAAGUGCGAGUAACCAAUUAUGACAUGUCAACAUAAAUGAGUCCCAAAGGGUAUCUUGUGACUAAAUAUCAUGGUCCUUGAAUUUCAACGCGUAAGCAUCUCCUGAUCUCGGUUGCGCGUGGAGAACUUUGCGUGAAUGGAGAAUGGUAUAAACAAACGCAAGAUUCCGACACGAGGAUUCCUAUAAUAAUUAAGAGGACAUCCGUGCAAAAAUCAAACAAAAAUGAAAUUUUUUAUGGCAAGGGUAAAAAAUUCAAAUUGUCUCAAUUUUUGCACACAAGUAGACCCGAGUAAGACAAGGAAGGUUAAGUAUUUUUUUUCCUCAAAUAUGUUUUUAUUUUCGAGAAAAACGACCUUUUCGCUUUCACCCUCUAGAAUCGAUGGAUCGGGUCAUAACAGGUCGAAAAUUGAACACUUUCGCUCGCUUCGCAUUUCAAAGAUAUUUCAUCAAAGAAAAUCUAAACAACGUGUGCUCUUUUAUAGACUCUUCCUCUUCUGUAAAAUGUAAGUUGUGUAGGAAUUGGUUGCUUAGAAGCUUUUAGCCAUGCGAAAAAACAAUGUGCUCUCUUCCGUUAAAACCUUAAUUUAAACCGUAAUUGUGGUUAAAACCUCUUUUUUCACUAUGUGCCAUUAUUCAGAAUUCCACCAAAUUACGUAUGUAAAUUUCCGAAGAAAUGAUCUUCAAAUUGACGUAAAGUUUUCUUUGGGCAAAUGUUUUCUCGCGACGCAGGAAACUCUUCAAAAUAGCACACGGAAGACAUAAAAUCACACAAUAUGUAGAUUGCGUGACCAAAGAGUUAAGGAGCAUUCCAGCCUUUGAAAUUACUCAAAAUCAUACAGGAGAACUUUUUCAGAAACAAAUAACAAAUUUAUACCCAGUUUUGUUAAAUUACUUCAUCUUUUAUCAUUUGAAGUUUGUUUCUGCAGAGAUAUUCUGCCAUCGUUCUGUCUAGUACGAUUAUGCAGCAGUGCCAGCAACGGUAUACGAUUAAAAACUUUGCUGGUCUCUCGCAUACGAGUCUUAAGUUUCUGCCCAUUGUUUAACUUUCUUUAUGUGCUUACCCAUGCCUUUUUAACUAGUACUCGAUAAAAACUAACAAAGUUUUCUGCCCCUUGUUUGACUUGCUAACCCGUGCCUUUUAACUAGCCUAUGGUAAACGAAAAUCCACAAAAUGUUACCUUACAGAGACCCUGGCAGGAGUCUGAGCGAGUGAGUGCGUGAUCAAAUUUGCAUAAUUGCGGUACGAGUCGUCGUGCUCGUGUGACGGAAUAAUUUGGACCUACGAGAGGGGUCGGUCGACGUCAUUUAAAUAGGCACGAAUACGAGGAAAAGAAAUAACGAGUCUGAAUAUCCAUUUAGCUCUGAGUUUUCCUCAAUUUGUACUCGUGUUAUAUAUUUUUUUUCCGCGUGAGUAAAACUAUGAUGUUUGUUGACUUUUCUAUUUAAAAGCGAGACAGCUAAUUAAAUUAACAAAACUUAAUAAACAUUGCUCCAUUCGAUUUUUCUCACGUGAAGCUAAGAAAAAUAAUUAUUUCCCGCCCCUUUUGAAUCGGAAGUCUCGCUUGUGAAUGAAAUGGAAGCUUCUUGCUAGUUUAAGUUUAUAGUUGGAAGUGCUUGCUCGUACGACCGACGAGACAGGAGUAAAUUAUUUGAGGUGGUUCCCUUGGUGUCGUGCAAUCGGAUGUGUCGGAUGUACAGGGUCAUAAAAGUGUUUGGUGUUUUGCCGGAGUUGAGAACGAGAGUGAACUUAUCCUUGCCCGAGCAGGUAAUUUUUUACAUGAGUGCAAAGGAUAUAAACGCCUUAACAAUUUGUCCAUUCCACCGUUCUGAGCUUGGCACUGGAUGGCGAAGGAGCCAGAAUACCUGCAGAAUUCCAGAUGAGAUCGCUUCCCACGGCAAAGGAAAAGGUGUCAAGGGAGACAGAGGCGUUAGCAGAGCGAUAUCACAAGUUAUAUUUCAGAGAACCGGCAUCCUUGUACCUCUAGGUUCAGGUGUGGCUUUCAUGAACCCUAUUGCAAAAAAGAUAAUUGUUGCGUAAUAUAUGUGCUCUAUGUAUUGAAAAUUGGUUCAGGUCCAGAUUAGAGAUGAUAGGAACUCGUACCUUGAAUUAAGUACGUCGAAGGUUUGACGGCUGCAGGACAGGCUAAGUUUGUUCUUUCUGUAUUACUUCCCCACGAUUUGUAGUCAUUUUUUCGUUCAUGGGAAGGAAGAGCUCCAUGUCAAAGUUAACUUCCACUGAAAGUCAUUUUACUCGUCAUCGUUGUUGUCGUCAUCGUCUUCAUCAUCAUUGUCGUUAUUAUCAUCAUCAACAUCAUCAGCAUCAUUAUUAUUAUCAUUGUCAUUAUCAUUACCGUCAUGCCUCAUUUACAAUCUAUUUAUCUUAGACAAGACAACGCCGGGUGUUACCACUGCGCUUUAACCCUGGUUACAGCCAGCAAAGUAGCAGAGCUAAACAAUCUCUUCCUACGCAGAAUGGAUUUUUCAGAUCCUCAAGGAGGGAAGGGAUCAUGCGGUCGGAAAGCUGCAACGAUCAAAUCCCAUAUGGCCAUCCAUUUGAAUUUGGGCCACGAUAUAGAGUCGGCAUCUCAAAUGCAGGAGGGAAUAGAAUCAUUUGGAGGUAUCCCUGGAGUAAAAGCAGUAUUGUGCAGGCCUCCUUUGUCUCCCAUUAAAAAGCAAGUGAAAUGGGAUGGUGUGAGCUUUGUCAACAAUGUUCAGUAUAGCGAGGAAGGUGUGAGAGUAUGGAGAUCCUACAAAAUUGGAAGAGGUAAAUUCAUUCCUUGGAGCAAGAUUAAUGUUCCUGACCAGGACGAAGUUCUAACUCUGGAAUGCAGUGCAGCAAGCGAAAAUAUAAAAGCAAAUUUUGUUCCAAUCAAGCCGAGACGAGCUGAGGUUGCUAAAACGUCUCUAAAGCACCAAGACAGCACUGAUGAAGGUACCGAUGAUUCAGGUGAAGAAUCUCGCGCUUCCACAGCUAAAAAUAUUUUUUUUCUGCUCGGAAGAGGGUUGUAUUAAGUCCUAUCAACGCCAUUCGUCAUUACAGAAGCAUCUCGAAUGUGGGAGACACGAAUAUGUUCUUGAAUAUGAAACUCUUUAUGACCGCGCCGUGCUAGGGUAUGCCUCUAGACUGGAGAAGGGACCGGGUGCUGUGCCGGAACUGCGGGACACGGAAUCCACCUUGUCGUCGUCUGUAGCUUCUCUUAAAAUGGGAUGGGCCCUGAAGCAGAGUCGUUAUCGCAAUAUUCGUUUCACUGAUAAGCAAAAGGACUAUUUGAUAGCCAAGUUUCAAACUGGAGAACAAACGGGACAAAAGUCAGAUGCUGCAAGUGGCAAGGUUAAUGAGGUCUGAGAAAGACAAAAACGGCGAGCAGCUAUUUGACUACUCUGAGUUCCUUACAAGCAGGCAAAUUUCUAGUUUUUUUUCUCGUCUGGCCUCAAAGCGAAGUCUCAACCACCAAGAGGUCAACCAGAGCGAUGACGAUGAGUAAAUCAGAUCAGAAAAGGAGAGCCAGCUACAAGCAUUGAGGAAAAAGGUGGUGUCUGAAAUUUCUAUUCAGCACGCACAUCCAAUCUUGUACAACGAUUACAGCAUUUGUGAACUAGUUAGGAAUUUUAAGCUUUCAAACUUUUCAAUUAAAGUGUUAAAUGACAUUUGUACUUCUGUCGGACUCGAUACUUCCUAGGUCAACGUUAAGAGGAAGAAGCCGUAUGUCGAUAUUCUAACAAGCCUUGUCAUGGGCUGCCAAUGUCAGGCAAAUGGGGAAUGAAUGACAAUGUUUGAUGGUCCCUGCAGCUGCAGUUAGUUGUGAAUUCUUUGGUGUACAGUCCUACUGACACGGUUUCGCAACUGUGAUUUUACCGAUCAAAGAAGCUGAAGUUUGUUAGAAGCGCUGAAAAGGUUAUUUGCAGUUAAGAGCAGUGACAGUUAAGACAAGCGAUAUAGACUCUUUCGCGGUUAAUAAAGUUUUGUAAAUUUAAUUGUCUUGCCUAUACGUCACAAAGCGAACAGACAUUGCGGUAAUUAAAAAGUAUUUUCACUCUAGCAGAAAAAAUCAACUUGGGUGAAAAUAAAGACAAAAUCCGAGCCAAAUGGAUAUUUAGACUUACUUUUGCAAGCCCUUAGUUAGUCCACUCAACUCCUGCAAAAACCUCUCUUUGAAAACUUUGUUAGUCUUUAUUGAGUGCUAGUUAAAAUGGCAUGGGUAAGCACAUAUAGAAAGUUAAACAACGGGCAGAAACUUAAGAUUCGUAUGCGAGAGACCAGCAAAGUUUUUAAUCGUAUACCGUUUCUGGCACUGGUGAAUAAUCGUACUAGACAGAACUAUGACAGAAUAUCCCUGCAGAAACAAACUUCAAAUGAUAAAAGACAAAGUAAUUUAACAAAACUGGAUGUAGCUAUGUUAUUUGUUUCUGAAAAGUUCUCCUGUAUGAUUUUGAGUAAUUUCAAAGGCAGGAAUACUCCUUAACUCUUUGGUCACGGAAUCUACAUAUUGCGUGAUUUUAUGUCUUCUGUGUGCUAUUUUGAAGAGUUUCCUGCGUCGCGAGAAAACAUUUGCCCAAAGAAAACUUUACAUCAAUUUGAAGAUCAUUCCUUCGAAAAUUUACAUACGUAAUUUGGUGGAAUUCUGAAUAAUGGCACAUGGUGAAAAAAGAGGUUUUCUUCACCGACAUUUUUUUGUAACGGAAAAGAGCACAUUGUUUUUUCGCAUGGCUAAAAGCUUCUAAGCAACCAAUUCCUACACAACUUACAUUUUACAGAAGAGGAAGAGUCUAUAAAAGAGCACACGUUGUUUAGAUUUCCCUUGAUGAAAUAUCUUUGAAAUGCGAAGCGAGCGAAAGUGUUCAAUUUUCGACCUGUUAUGACCCGAUCCAUCGAUUCUAGAGGGUGAAAGCGAAAAGGUCGUUUUUCUCGAAAAAAAAAACAUUUGAGGAAAAAAAAAUACACAGUCUUCCUUGUCUUACUAGGGUCUACUUGUGUGCAAAACUUGAGACAAUUUGAAUUUUUUACCCUUGCCAUAAAAAUUUCAUUUUUGUUUGAUUUUUGCACGGGUGUCCUCUUAAUAAUUCUGAAAAACAAAGAUAACUACAAUUUGGUGUUAAGGGUGUAAGUUUCUGAAGAAUCUGUGGUGCUGCGUCGGUGGUAAAGUAUAACUAGGUAAUUUGGUAUUAUUAACGGAGAUGAUAACGUAAAUUGGACACCGUUAAAAGGUUCAAAGCUGACGUUUCGAGUGUUAACCCUUCUCUCAUAACAAUUUACCUCAGUAUGAUUCACAACGACAUUUUAUCAUAUUUAAGGCGUGGCGUUACAGUGUGAAAGUUACAAAUUGAAAUAGAAACUAAACUAAGUCAGAAAUCUACAAUUUGGAACCAAAAGGAAAGUAAAAUACAAAUGAUAUGUGGCUAUCGUACCUGAGGAGUAGAUCCUCGUGCAUGAGAUAGAGUUAAACCUUAAAUGUCUUCUGGGUACGCUGACCGCGUGUCGAUACGGAAAUAAAGAACAAGUUAUGAAUUAAAGUGAAAUGCGAGCGAGUUAUAUAGUGAAAUGGGAGUGCGUCUGAGCUUAAGAGCGUGUCCACGAGAGCACCAGGCAGUCGUGCUACAUGCCAUCUCACCGAUUUCAAUGAAACUUCGCCAGUUUAAAGGGUCUACCCCAAAACUAAAGAAGACAAACUGGUUUCUGUUUUGGCUUUUUCCAGGGGGAGAUAGACUUAAACUUUUCGAUUCAUUCAAAUAUUUGACAACUUUGAGGUCAAAUAUCUCCCGUUGCCAGAAAGCUACAACACUAAUCUUAAUUACCAUUUAUAACCUACUGAUUUCAUCUCUGAAAAUCAUCAAAAAAAUCUUUGGGCACUACCGUAUUUUAUUAGGCGGUCACUUGACCAAAUAAACCUACAUUUUCAGUUUAGCUCUUUAUACAAGAUGAUUGAUCAAGAAAGGUGAAAAAUGCGAACAACGUUCGAGAUUUCUUGUAGGAACGGAAAAUUUCACGUUUAGAGAGAUGCACGUAGGCGAAAAAUCGAAGAGAAAAUCCUAGAGUUUCUUUCUUCAGUCGUUUAUUACUUUGGAGAUUUGCUAAAAUCAGCAAAUAUGGCUUUUGCACGGCACAAAAUAUUCAUUAGUCUAUAAUGUGAUUGUUUAUCAUCGUCAUUGCUCAUUUUAGGAGAUUUUAAAGUCACAUGCUGCGCGUUGGUUGAUAUUCCUACAAAAAGUUCCAGUGUGCUACAACUUCGGCUUUUACAGAAAAGAAAUUCUGCGCUUUCGCUUGAGAGCAAAUAUCAAUAGUUCUAUCAGACUAAAAACUGUGCUUCUAUCCCGAAAAUAAAAUUAAAAUAGAGAUGUCGUUGUCACUUACCGACAUCGAACAUUUCCAUGCAAAACUCCCCUAGGCUAACAUCUGUUGCGUGACCCGAAGACUCUCCGUAGGAAUUAUCCAAGUGCGUUGUUCAUGCUGUCUGCUUGAUAACAAUUUCAGAAUAAUCUGCAGAUCUCUAUGAUUAUUUGCCUACUUCGAUCGUAAAAUAUCUGCAUAUUUUUUUCAAGCACUAUUACUACAUAUAAAUCUACAUCUCUCUAGAUCGAGUGUUGCCGGCGUUUAAUUGCGUGACUUGUAAAAUUUAUUCAGAAUGAGCCAGCAGUAUUUUGACCAGUAGGUUUCCCUUGAUGAAAUCCCAAGACAUGUCAGUUGUUUUCGUGAGCAAUGACAAUAAUUAUGAAAGAAAAGUGUGAUGGCAAUGUCUUUAUUUUUUUUAGCUUAGUAGCAGCUGUACCCUCUCCUGCAGUCUUCGUCUAAAUUUUGCAAGGUCCCUCCUUAUCUUCUGCCUUGUUCGGUCAGUUUCGACUUCUGAAACUAGAUCAUCGGCUCUUUGUCCUCAUUCAUAUUUGUAGAGGAGGACCUCGUCAAUAAACCAAUUUUUUUUACGGCAGAUAACCGUCUGAAGUAUCGAGCAAUUUGCUGCUCUAUCAACCGGUCAGUCUGAGACAACAUUUCUGGCUGGUGUCGUCUCUUAAACUCGAUAUUUGGGAUAUCACAUUAGAGGCGGUUGCCUUACUAGUUUCCUCCCCUGUCCAGCACAGGUCAAUGAGAUAAUUCUUUGCUUUCUGAGAAAAGGUGGCUGUUUUUUGUGUUUUCCAAAGAGCCCAUCCAAAGUCCACUUGGCUAGUUAGGGAUUGUUCGUCAGAAUUUUACCUGAGUUCUGACCUUGAACGUAGCCAUCCCCAAUAGAAUGGCUGAUUUUUUUUUGUCAGCUUCACUGUGUUUGUCUUCGUUAGGCUGCUUUUGGAUGGCAGUCAAUGACUGAAACGUCUUGACACAUCCUUCCGUUUAUCAAGAAUAUCUUGCUUUCUUGUUCUGUCUGUGACGGAUUGGGUAUAGUUCUCGCGAUGACCCGCGUUCAGAGAUCUGUGCACGUUGCUGAUAACCACCCGCUUCUACGAUUAGUUUGCCGAAGGUUUCUAAUAUGACGAGCCCAGUGAGACCCUGAGGUGCUCCAAACUGUGCCAGUUGGUCUGCGCUAUAAACUCGUCGCAGUUCUUAAGUCAGAGGGAGGAUCGCCCACCUCUAUUUAUGUGAGCGCCUCUACAGUACACUACAUAGGAUUAACAAUAUCUGUUGCGCUGUUGCGAGAAGGAGGAAAAUAUUACCGGAAGUGUGAACUCUUUUAGAGUUUCAGGGACGUUUCAGAGAUGCCUAUCUUCGGCUGUCACUAAAAAUUGCCCCCUACUUAUAUUUACUGGGAAAAAUGAACUUACAAAAUACUUGUUGAAAAAGUUGGAAUUCAUUUGACCGAUACGCCGGUUGUUUCAAUUUUGCUUUUUCCUCGGGCUGCUAUAAAAAAGUUCAGAAAUUGACCAAUGAAUAAAAUAUUUUGAAAUAUCGUUCGGAAUUUGCCUCUUUUUUCCUGCGUACAAAUCAAGAGUAGACAAAGUUUUUAAAACAUUUAACAAUAAUUUCAUGGGGUUCACCUCGAUAAUUUUCGUCGGCCAGAGUCAAGACGCGCUAAGCUAAGCGACAUCGCCCCCCCAGUAAAAUAAUUUUCCAAAGAAUAAAUGUGGGGAGCGUGAGAAAACGCACAUUUUUUUCAUUAUUGUGAUUAAAGCCCAAUGAUGUACCUAAAUUGGUACUUACGGUAUCAAACCAUUGAUUAUGACAGGGUGAGCUUAAUUUUUCUGUCGAGGUCGACGUGACUUCACAUUAAAAGCGUUUUUGACGGAACAAACUAGUGAGCAUUACUGCACGAACUGAGAAAGUAAAAACUUGUAUUUAUCUCCCACGCGUUUCGUCUGACAAUAGUAGACUUCAUCAAGGAUUUUUUCAGGUAGGGUAAAUAUGCUUGCUCAUACACAAAUAAUAAAUAAGUUGUCUCUUUACUAUUGAAGCUAGUGGAUAGAAUUCGCCAGGUGCGCCUACGGUGUUAUACAUGCGUGACAUUUUCCGGACGUUACAUGUACGAGUACUUGAUCCGUUUGAGGGUCACAGAUUUAGUUAUAUAUUUGAUCCCUCAACAUCAUGCAAUUUCUCUAGUUUACAGAGGUCUUAGCACGUUUCAUUUCAUGGAUUUGCCUUCUAUGGGUAGAAGGCUACAAGCGAAUUUCUUAGGCGUAAUUGCCUUUGUUAACUCAAUUGAUGUUGUCGCAACACGAAACAAAAAACUUUCAGGACCUAGUUUUAUGUUCUAAUGGAAAUAUAUACCAAAUAAAACACAUUCUCUUGAGAAACAAAGUUAUAAAUAACAGGGCUUCUCUGAAACAAGUAGUGAUAGAAAAGGGUUUCAGUUCUGGUCAAUAUCGACUUUUCAUAGCCUACUUCCAAAUCUGAGGGAACGCGCUGAGGGAAUAUAAAAACAUAAAUGUGUGAUAAUGCAAGGAAGAGAAUAUAAAUACAAAUAAAGGAAAAGGGGAAAACAUAGAAACCCAUGUUGCAGUGUGCAGAUAUCUUUUGAGCCAGACCUACACGCCUAAGCCCGACACCACCCAAAAAAACUCGAAAGAGUGCUGUAUAUGAACUGGCUCGCACGUGCACGCAGGAAAGGCCAUGACAAUCAACGAAAGUAAUACCAAAUGCAGAUGACGUUUGCAGUCAAAAAACAGGAAAAUAAGAUAACAGAAGGAUUAAGAACUUUCUAGAGGUGUCUUCUUGAAAAAAAAAGAUAAACAAUUUUUACUUCUCAUGAAAGGUCACGCAUUCACGCUACAAAUACUAUUUCUAUACAUGAAAUUUCUUGAUAGUCUUAUUUUCUGGAAACAUGGCGCAGUUAAUGAAUUUAUGGGGCUAUUGAUAUUUCCUAUCAAAUAAGGGGGGCAGAGUUUCCCGUCAUCCGCGGUAUGGAAAAGCCGAAGUUGUUACACUCGGGAACUUGUGCGUCAACAAGCACGCGACAUGUGACUUUAAAAUCUCCUCUCCUGUUACAGUUUCCUGAGCGAUAGUAAUAAUAGACAAUCAAAUUAUGGACUAACAAGACGAUCUAAGAUCGUAAGUCGGGCUACAGGUAGACGCUCUGUUUCAAGUGUUGACCAUUCACGUUGCGCAGUGGUUCUAAAAGAAAUACAGAGGUACCAUGGUCCUGGUUUGUGGGCGUGGCGUCUUUUUGAGUUUUGGGGUAGACCCUUUAAACUGGCAAAGUUUCAUUGAAAUCGGUGAGAUGGCAUGUAGCACGACUGUCCGGUGCUCUCGGGGACACGCUCUUAAGUCUAAUUCAAUCAUCGAAAGAUCUGUAAAAACAUAUAAAUCAAUGAAACGUUCAAAACAGAAAAAGAUAAAAGGAAGAGUCCAUAGGUGAAAGUAAAAAGGAUGCCUGGCUGUCACACAGAGGGAUUGAAGUGAACAAUUUGCCAGUAGUAUGAUCCUUGUGUUUGCAAUUGCGCAAAAAUUUCUGGGAUCGCCACGAGGCAAAUAUUUCAAGCUGCUACAAAAAAAUAUAUGGCGACAGGUUGUUUCAACAUCCAAAUCAACGAUUUUGGAGAGAGAUCAUCGCUUUUUCGCCGCUGUUUUAUCAUGAAUCGAUUUAGGAGAUGUUGAUACCCACCAAAAACCUUACGCAAGGAGAGAAGUUUAUAGGUAUGUAUAAACACUUAUUUCGUAGUUAUAUUAAAACAAAAACUUACGCUUCCCUCGUAUCAACAUCAUCUUAAUCAAUUAAUAACAAAACAGCAGCUAAAAAACGUUGAUCUCCCUCCAAAACCUUUUUUUGAACGUCGAAACAACAAGCCAUAUAUUUCCUUAAAGCAACUUGCAAUGUUUGCCUCAUGGCGGACCCAGAGAUCUUUGCGCAAACACAAGGAUCCGAUCACUGGCAGCUCAUUCUUUACGCAAAAAUUUCACUUGUGCGGUCAGAUUUGACAUGCGAUUGAUUUGGUCAACGAAACAUCGUCCAUUUGGAAUUGUCGUUCCCCAUUCGGUUUAAGGCUAGAUCAAGCUAAAACGAAAUAAUUUUUGCCGAACUGCGCAUUUCGGAAGUUUAUAACCUUUCCAAAGAUAUAUAGUUUAUGGUGCUUAUGCUUAAAUUAGCACAUUAAGAAAAAUUUUUUGCGAAGGAUACCCGCGAAGGUCUACCGCAUCCUUAAAGGAUCCAAAAAAUAACGAAUAUUUUUUUAAUAUUAACGCAAAACCUGCUCAAACCGACGUACGUGGAAGAUGUUGAAAUAUUUCGAGAAAAAAUGUGUUGAUAGUAUGCACUGCUUCUUUCUUCAAAAGCUUAACUAUAUUUAUGCGUAAAUUAGAAAAUUUACAGUCCCCCAGCAGAAACAAAGGACACCGUUUGUUAUCAUCACAUCUUAUGAGUGCGUGUAUGUUCAGUCAUACCAUCAGGCCCACAAAAUGUCAAAGUUAUCUUCGUUAACCAUAGCGCGUUGGAGUUAAAAUGGGAGCCUAGUGCAGUAACCGAUGAUCAGACCAGGGUGUUUUAUGACGUCGACUGCCGUAAGCCAUGUGAAGGUGAAAAUGACAACAAGUGCAUAGAUAGAGCUUGCGGGAGUGACGUCAUUUUCAUACCGAGAAAGGAUGGCUUGAACGUUACUCACGUUAUUGUUGGAAAUUUACUUCCAUUUAUAAACUACACCAUGAAAAUCUACGCCAAAAACCGAGUGAGCGAUUUGGCGAAAAGAAAAUAUGGAAUUGAGGCAAACUUCAUGGAAAUAACUGUAAGGACCAACAGAUCAGGUUAGUGCCGGUUCGUGUACUGAAUAGAAUAUUAUACAAAUUCCUGUCGGUAUGCUUCUCUCUCUCACACUGUGCUCAGGUACGGUCGCAUACAACUAUAUGUAUUAAUGUGUCUUUUCCAUUAAGUUUGGUUUAAAACUUGGUCUAAAUAUGAGGGUUUAUAACAUCGUCCUAAAAUUCACAUUUUUUUUAAACUGGCUCUUUAAUCACUUAGCAGUGAUAGGACGAAAUCAGACACUAGGAGAUUUUACUAAAACAAGGCAACUAUAUAGUUUGCCUUCUGUGACCUUGCUGCUUGAAAAUUUGACCAAUCAUGCCCCAAAUCUUAAUUUGUCAUAGUCUUGUUUGUGCCGAAUCAUCGUUCCCAAGACGAACAAUUUCAACUGUUUUCCUAACUUUAACUAGAUGAUCUAGUUCUUCCACAAGGCUCACUACGACUAUAAGACCCGCAGCGAGACAGGAUCGAUACUUUUUUGCAGUUAUUGAUACAGCGCAGAGUAUUAAGAUCGCAUCAGAGUUGAUUACCUUAUUGUUAUAUAUUUUGACCGGGCUUAGUCUCGCGAUUGUCGAAAAAAUCGCGGAAUUAAAGACCAGCUAAAAAAUAUUCGCAAAAAUUAAUCACAUCAAAUUAAAUAUUCUUGACAAGCCGUAAGGGAAAGCACUACGUUACCAAAAUAUUGGAGAAAGCAGGAGUUGCUAGGGUAGUAAAGGGCGAGUGAGCUCUUCCUCCCGAGGAUCUAUUCGAAUAUACUUUUGUAUAGCUCUGCUUUAUGGAAAGGAACAUGUCAAAUUGUUUUCAGUUUCGUUUGUUAUAAUAUGGUUUUGUCAUUGGAAACUAUUUUCAAGGAAGAUAAAAAUCAGUUUUGCCAAUUCUGAGACCCUUCAUUUAUGCGAAAUAAAGUGUUUGCGAAAAUAAGUAACAAACAGCGAAUGACCGAAUUUUAAGAUGGCGUAUUCAUCUCUGUUGAACAACUAGUUCCAGGUAAACCGGAAGUGUUUGUUGAACAACCGGAAACGGCUGUUGUUGUAUCUUGGACAAUUGAGGACAUGAACGGUGUCCUUAAAGAGUACCACGUGACUUAUAUAAGAGAAGAUGAUUUGUCAGAAACCCAGACUCUUGCUACCAAGAAAAUGGAAGCACAGUUUGAUUUAGAGGCGGGAAAAACUUACGAAUUCCAGGUAGACAUAAUUUUUAAUUUAGUUUAAGUUAGGUUAAAAUUGUAAAAAGAAACUGCAGGGAAUAUAAGUAUGAAAAGAAAAGUUCAAUCAUCGCAUUGAAUAAUAGAAAGUUACUUUAUUAAAUUAGUAUAAGUUUAGUGCGCCAAAAAAAUGGCAUUCAGCUAGGAUUCAGAUGGUGAACGUCGAAUUGCAUUCAGUAGUGCUAAAGCUUAUAGAAUUAAAAAAAUAACUUAAACUCAAGGUUUUUCAUGUUUUAAGUGUUUUGGUACAAUAAUGAUACUCUUCAGAUGAAAUGUUAGCGGCAGUGAAAAACAUGGUUGAAAAAGAAAGUUCAUCGGGUGUAAUGCUUCUUGUUCUAGCGACUUUUAUUAGUAGUAACGAAAAAGUUGUAGAACUGUAAUAUUAGCUAGGGAUAAACUGCUGGUGGUUUCAAUGGGAUGAUAAUUUGCCCCCUUACCUACACAGGAAUAUUCCUCAAGUUUAACAACAUUCGCAGUCGCCAAUUUUUUUCUCUUGAGGAAGAAACCUCUUAGUGGACUUUUCGAUUUCUUCUCCUCAGGUAUUUGCUAUAAACGACCUUGGUAGGGGUCCUGCUGGUGUGAAGACGUUCACGCUAAGAGAAGGUUAGUUUGUAUAUCGUUGAUUUACCAAUCUACCCAUAAGACUGACAUAAUUGCUAGCUUACAGUGACACUGACCAAACCUAGGUAAAAAUCACUGUGAGAAGGCUUUGCCCGACGAGGCUGUUUUUUCAGUUUAUUAGACGAAAACAUUAAAACAAGAGUGCCUGCGUAGACAAACGUUAAUAUACUAUGGAAUAAUAAACUGACAAGACCACUGAUUUAUGGGUCAGGAUGACGAGGAUAAACAAGUAUAUUAAAAGAAAAACCUUUCAUAUACGGCAUAAUAGAAAAGUAGUUUCUAGUCUGAUUUAGUCAGCUUUACUGUAAUAAAUGAAACAUUCCUCCCCUUCGCCCAACAGAAACCGAUGUGACCAUGUAUCUCAAAAUCAUCCAUGGAUUGGUUGGUUUAUUGGUACUUUGCAUUGUGUCUUUUGCAUGUUACAUCAUCUACAACAGGUAAGUGUGGGAACACUAAUGAAACUAAACAUGAGGUUACUAUUCCUGUACAGUACCACUCUUCGCAGGAUUUCAAGGACUACUAUUGGCUGAAGGAAUGUUCGACAAGUUCAACAAGCAUCUGUAGACUGAGUUUUAACAAUGAUGGUACUGACGCGUCUAUAUUGUGGCUUAAAAGAUUGUUGAUGCUUUGUUUCUUCUAAGCUAUACUUGAAACGAAUUUAAUUUGAUGCUAUUUUUUGUCAGAUGGAACCGUCGAAGAAAUGCAAACCGUGAGAAAAUUCCUAAAACAACAGAAACCAGUGUUAUGAUUCAUGAAGGUAAGUUGCAAUAUUAUGUCAUUAAAAGAGAAAAUAUGGGGAAUUUGUCGUUUUGAACUAAAUUGAUCAACUAAUGCAGUGUCACUGUAUGUCAUUUCACUUGAUAGGAAAUUGUCGGCAUGUUUAAUGGAAACGUCGUUUGUUCCAUUCAAUCUGCUUAGAUAGCAAAGUCAAAUUCAGAGAAAGAAAAAAACAACAACCAAAAAUAGGAAAAAAUUGUAAACAGUACGGAAGUCUCCACAUUGUCGUUUUAUAUCUCUUCAUAUUUGACUCAAGCACAUUUGCGAGAUAAAACUAGGCUGCUUUUGCGGGGACUACAGAUUUAAUCUUUAAUCACCCAUCCUAUUUAUGCUGUGUAUGUACUAUCAUUAAUUGUUAUCACUAACAACUUUACAUAGACGUGGCAAUGAGUUUUGCAGCUGAACGGCAAAAAGUGGAUCCCUUUAGACUUGACCGAGAUCAAAUAACAACAGUAAAGGUGCUUGGGAGUGGCAACUUUGGUCAAGUGUCCAAAGCAGUCUAUAAACCUUUAAAUUCCGAAGUGGCUGUUAAGUCAUUGAAAGGUACUCUUGAUUUUUCAAACGCAUUGUUACAUCGCCUCAUGAAAGACGACAAAAUUUAUUGAAUUCAAGCCUAACUUAUUAAAUGCCUUUCUACUAUCUUAUCUUACGAACUCAUAAAUUCAUUCUCGUUCAAAACCGAGGAAAAAAAUCUAUUAUAAUAUUAGGUUGAGAAUGUAACAUCGUUUUCUUUGAAACUCACGGUAAUUGUUGGCAUUUUAAUCUUUACCAAUUUUCCAGGCGAUGCCCAAAAGAAAGACUUACAAGACAUGCUGACUGAGUUAGAUCUCAUGAAAACCUUGAGGCCUCAUCCCCAUGUUAUUGAGCUCAUUGGCUAUUGUAUUGAAAAAGGUACUGGAAAUUAUGAUUAGUUGUAAUUUCUGAUUUCUUUUUGACAACCUAAUUUAAUAAUUCACUUAAAGGCUUAUUAGAUUGACUGAUUCAGCACCGUUACAUACUUCUAGAUCCACUCCUCAUAGUGUUGGAGUAUUUGCCAUACGGUGAUCUGUUGGGAUAUUUGCGCAAGAGCAGAGGGAUCGAGGAUACUUAUAACACAGGAGAAAAGAGACCAAGCUCAACACUUACAGAUAAGGAACUCUUGUCCUUUGCAUGGAUGAUCGCUGAUGGUAUGAGCUAUUUGUCAACAAUGAAGGUAACCAUAUCACAACUAUUCCAUUAAAGCAUUUAAAAUCUAAUUACGCCUUAUGGUCAUGUGUGACAUGAGAGUGAUGUGUUAUAUAAAAAAAAAAUUACAGUGCAACUUUCUGAUAUCGUCCUAGGAGAAAUGGUUUCGAAUCACCUCUUAGUCUUUUAUGCCUGUUGCCGUUCUUAGAUAGGCUGCAGUACCUACUAAAACAAGUGAUAUAAAGCAAGAUGCAAAUGCGCUUUUCUGAAAAUAUCUAGGGGUAUCAAGCUUGAGUUAUUGUGCUGUGUUUCAGAUUGUUCAUCGUGAUUUAGCAGCUCGCAACGUGUUAGUUGGGGACAACAAAGUGUGCAAGAUUUCAGACCUUGGUUUAGCGCGUGGUUUGGAGGGAGAUAUUUACACGAGAAAAACUAAGGUGAUUAACAAUAAUAUCUCAAUAUAACUACAAAGUUUUGCGGCAACGAUCCUUAUUUUUUCACUUGUUUAUUUACUAACUGAUGAAAAAGUUGUUUAGAACUUUCAGUUGUCUCUUUUUUUUGAAAUCAUAUUUAAGGUUUAUAUGAUUAUUCUCUUCAAGGCUCGUCUUCCAGCCAAGUGGAUGCCCCCAGAAUCUCUCUUGUACGGCAGAUCUACCACUAUGAGCGACGUGUAGGUUGUUUCAAUUUAAUGGCAUUGCUAGUCAUUUCUAAGGGAAACUUAAAAACUGAGCUUUCAGCCAAUAGAAAUAAAUAACUGAUUAGGAAAAAAGCUCUUACUCUGCACUUGAACAGUAUCAUCAUAAGAGUUAGAGCAGUGUACAAUUUUUUGACGAGAGUUACCAGGUGUAACUUUGGUUUUUUUUUUCUCUGUGCUUGGUCUUAAGAGGUCGCGUGCCACUUUCUAAACAAAAAAAUUCCAAACCAAAACUAAUCGCGGCUUGUUAACUCGUGUUUUCCUACGCUUCAGGUGGUUUGGUUUUUUCUCACUUUAAGUUCUCCUGGCUCCAUGUGAUAUGUUUCUUGUCACUGAUUGGCUGUUAUGAUUACUUUGUUUUUUUCGUUUUACGACAGUCAAUGGAAACUACCAUAGAAAAAAAAUAAAAAAGGUGUUGAUAAGAAUUGCUUCUGCCUUUUUGUCUUAAACAGAUGGUCAUACGGCAUAGUGAUGUGGGAGGUCUUUACCAUUGGUAUGUGGAUAUUUGUGAAGAAGAAUUCUAAGGCUACUUUAAAACACUGCACCGCGUUGUUUCGCACCUUCUCGCUACCGUCUUGAUCCCUGACUGAUUUUGCACUUUCUUUUACAUCAAGACAAAUAAUCACUACUGAUGCAAAUAACGACGGAAUUGUUUUAUCAGUGAAUCCAUAAAUCGGCUCAGGCAUUAUCGCCGCAGUGGGUUCCAUAUAUAAUUGUCAGGAUUGCGUUUGAAAGUAUAUUGGUACACGGUCAUAAAAACAUAAAUUUCUUUAGUAUAGAACUAGUUAUGAGGAAAAGUGAGAAUCACCAUGAUCAGUGGAUUCCAUUGGCCUGAUCGCCUGAGGAACUUUUCGAUAGAAAGUGUGCUAUAUCUCAUGAGCAGUGCAGUUUUGUUGUUUUGCGACAUAUGAUAAUGUGGAAACCAGGGAGCCUCUCAUUCGUAUAUACAAAAAGAAAAAAUCGCAGAAAAUGUUUCAUGAAAAAGAACUAUCUGGGACAUUUUCUUCCCUGUUGCAGUAACUAAAGUGGAAGAUUUCCAGCUAAAGUAGGACUCUCCCGGCUAUAAACCAGUGCCAGUUAUGGUACAGUGUAUAUGUUCUUCAACAACUAGUCUGUUAUAUUUUCAGGUGGAUCACCAUAUCCGGGAGUAAAAUCAAGAGAAAUUGCUGGCUUACUACAGACAGGAUACCGCAUGCCUAAGCCACCUCACAUCUCACAAGAUCUGUGAGUAGUUAAAAGCUCUUUCAUUACACCAAUUAAAAUUGAAUUUCCACGAACGUCAGUCAUAAUAACUAGGUAUUCCACAUUUCACUUUCAAACUACAGUGAAAAAGACAAACCGUGAAUUGAAGGUAUCGUGAGAAAAAUAUGAAUGUCAUUUUUAUUUUAGGUAUUCUAUCAUGACCAAAUGUUGGGAAGAGCAACCUAAAAAGAGACCAACAUUUCUGUGGCUCUGCUCUGCGGUCAAACGAUUAUUGGAUGAUUAUAAGGUUUGUCUGUCGGUCGUCCUUGAACAUGUCUUAUUUUGCUCUGUUCUACUCCAAUUAGAACAGUUUGGGAACCACUAAUAUGAGAAAUGUUCUGUGUGGGAAUUGUUUAGAACUGUUAGAUAUGUUAAAAUCCUCAUAAAAGUCUUGCGAGCCUUUUUUUAUGUGCAACAAGACCUCACAUAUAUUUUUACCUUUUGAGCGAUGUGUCCUUGACCGUUAUAGUAGGGCUUAACUCUCGCACAAUAAUCGUCAUCGCUAGGCGUGUUUGGAUCUGUCCUUGACCUUGCUCACAACCCUCUGAGGGAAGUUUUGUUUACGUUUUUUAGUUCUCAAAGAUUGGUUGUUUUCAAGUACUUUUUUGUCCAUUUCGAAUAUCUUCUAAAAUUGUUUUGGCUAGCGCUCUAAAAGGUCAUCUGCCUGUUCCGUAAGCCCAAACAUGCCCACCGAUAGCAUAGUUAAGAGCCUGUACUGAAGGCUGAAUAAGGGAGAAACAGAGAUAGACACGGACAUAGACACAGGGACAAAAAUACUCGGAGAGUGGACAAAGGUUCGUAAUCAGAUUCUUGGUGCCUACGUUUGCGCGAGGUGCUCAAGCCAGCUAACCCCAACAGUCCAAAAUGUAAAUUCUGCUCAGUAUUGUUUCUGUUUUUAUCUUUUUUGAGGACAUCUUUCUUUUCGAACUUUCAUUCCAGCAACAUUCUACUUUGCACUAAAAGUUUUCAACCAUAGAAGUAUAAGGGUAUUUUGGGACGUAAAAAAAGUGGAAGGGGAGGGCGGAAAUGGCAAUGAUUGUUGCAUUUUGGGAAAGAAUACGAGAAGUCAUACACUUUCAAUCAAGUAGUUCGGUUUUUUUGUUUUCUUUUGUUUUUCUUUUGUUUUUCUUUUGAUAAUAUCAUUUCAGCGAGCCCGCCUUUUUCAACUGGUGGCUGAAACACAAUACGAUGCCAAUUAAAAAAAAAAAGGCCACAGAUACGCGAAAACAAAACUAAGCAAAGACGAAAGGCACGAACAAAGAUUAUCCAGGCGCUUACAUAACUCUCAUCUACCUUAUCUGUUCUCUAGAAAUAUGUGAACUUGGAAGUCUACGAAGGCGAUAACUAUAUCAACUUUGAUGUGAUAACGAACAAAGAGUGAUAAAAGAUGUCCAAUUUUUACCAGAAAGACGGGAGCGUGGACGCCCGGUGCCUAGUUUAAAUUAGCUUAAUCCUUAUCCUUCGUCUUCGAUUUCCUGCGGCAAAUCAGAUAGGAUAAGAUAAUGUUACAAAUACUAUAUCAUGAACUUAACACAGUUUUUCUCGAGAUACCACAAACCUUAUGUAAGGUUCUAAAUCGGUAUUAUAUGUAAAAAUGAAAAUGAAGAACCUUUCUUUAAUGUUAGGUUCCUCCUGGAAAUCUACUUGGUACGUAUUGUAGUAGCUAGUUGUAUCAAGAUUCAAAAUGGCAGGGUAUAUAGUUGAAUUUUGGGUUUACUUCAGAGAAAGGGCCGUACGUAUUUUGCUUUGUUUUGUAACUACGAUUUGCCCUAGCUGCAAAGCUGCUUCGACACGCGUAAGCGCAACGUACGAAUUAAAAGCACAUUUGAAGACGAUACCAAGAAGCUUAGGUUACCCUUUAGAAUAUCAUAGUACGGUCUGACUGAAUCAUACCUUCUGAUAUGCUAUCCUGUGGCGAGGAUAAAAAUUGUAUAGUAGCUAAAAAUGUCAGAUUUCACUUUUUUCGUCAUGUCUUGCAUUCCAGUAAAAAGCUUUAAUAUAGAAGAAGUAACGACAAUGUUUGAGCACAUAUACUUAUAAGUAUGCAAUAUCAAAGUGUGCAUUAUUAUUAAUAAAUUUUGAUCGAAAUACUGCAGUUUUGAAAGAUUGUGCUUAAAGUCUCAUGAAGAUGUCAACGUAGUGUCGCAACAUUCUUAAUCUAUGUUUGUUCCUAGCAUUUUAAUUACAGACGCAGAGCUAAUUCUGCUGCUGCAUUAACUUCUAGGUCGGUCUUUGUAAUUAUCAAAUCAAAUCGUCACUAUUUUGUUCUAGAAAAUUCUUGAUCUGUUAGGAGAUUUGAAGAAACAUCACUGGAAUUUAGAUGCCUUUCAAAGCCCUAAGGCCGUAAGCACGUCAUGUUCAGUAAUUUUUGGGCCGUAACAUGAGAACCUUUGUUGCAUAUGGAGCUUAACAUUUUAGUGUUUAAUGAUCGAAUGCUGGCAUUAAGACAAAACCAAACGGCCCUAAUUUUUCUGAUAUUGUCAAUCGCCUGGAUGAACUAAUUCGAUCCCCAGAAUUCCUGAAGGGUGAUUCAUCCUCUCUCCCAGAGAGGUAAGUUUCCAUCUUAUUAUAACAGAAUGUGCUUUUUUGUCAAGGAAGGUAGCCAAGGAUCAUUAAUAAAGACCACUUUUUUUUGUCUUUUUUUAAAAAAAUCUACGAGUCUAUCUGAUUUCGUUCUUUUCAAUAUCUCUUCAUCAACCUUCUUAACGAAAAAAAAAGGCCUUGAAAUUCUUCCAAAUAGUCCUCUCUUGAUUUUUGUUUAGUUGACAUCGGAACAGUUGAAUGUUUUGUAUCUUAACGAGGUGCAUUCGAAAUAUCCGAGGACUCGGAGGACACAGAAGAAAAGGCUGAAAACUGCAGUAGGCGCGAAAGCUGAUGAAACUCCAUUCCAAAAGCAAAUGAACACCCGCUCAAAAGAUUCUACGUUACAAAAAAUGAAAUAAAGUGAAAAACUUUAGAAAAAGGAAAGGUCAAGGCAUUUUUAGUCCUUGAUUAAAAACACUCCCUUAAGAAAUCCUUACUGAUUUAUUCAUGCAUUAUUUCAGUCCUAAAGGAAACCGUACCCCAGAAUUCCAGUCAGUAGACGAGUGGCUACAACACAUCAAUAUGGGGAAGUAUUCCGAAUUAUUCCGGGACGCACGGAUCGAUGAUAUGAACAAAGUCGCUGAACUGAAGGAGAAACAAUGGAGAGAAAUGGGUAUCAGCUUGAUUGGGCAUCGAAAUAAAAUGCAAAAGAGUAUAAAUGCCAUGAAAUCAAAACAUUAUAACAGUGGCAUGGAUGCAGAUUAGUGGCUAUGAUGUAAUCAAGAAAAUGCCAUUUCUGGAACAUUUUCUGCUUGAAACUGAGCUGGUGAUCAAUAAGCAGUAGAAAAUAUUUACCCUUGUACGAAAGAAAGUCGUCAAAUGUCUCGAAUGUUAUAGGGACCAGUCAAUUUUUCAACGCCUGGGUAGGGGGCCUCAGGCUAUGUCGUACUCUAAUGACCCCCCCCUCGCUUACAGUCAGUUUUCUGUAGUCCUUCCUUUGUACCCUUUCAGCGACGACUAAUCUUCCCUUCGUACCACCCGAAAACCAUGCAAUUCUACCAAAACUCGUUUUAUUUUUAAUCAUUGCACAAGCCAUUCGAACUCUGAUCAAGGUUGUCAUUCACGAGGAAAUAGUGAUCGUUCCUUGAAUACUACUACAUUUUUAUACUCAAGUGCGACAGCUCAAACAACAGAUAUGACUUUGGAACUUGGGGAUCAAAAUCUUCUCCCCAGUACAGAGAAUUUAAUUUUUCAUAUUGCCUAGAUACAUAUUUUACUUUGAAGAAGACAGUGUUGAUUUUGGUAUUCGAAUGUGGGUCUUCUUACAGGAAAUUUAAGAAUUUUUGGUAUUUUACAAGUACUUUCAGAUCCCUUUUAUAAUUUUUGAGUGAAUUACUCCAUCUCAAAAGAUUAAGUACUUGACUAUUUCAAUAUUUUUAUUUCGGUAUAUUUUUUACUCCAUUGGCAGUUUCAUGAUUUCAAAUUAAAUCAAUAAUCUACUUUGAAAUGAUAUUGUAUUUGGAAACAAUUUUCUUGAACCUUAGGAAAGAAUAAAGCAAAUACAGCAACAAAUUUCUGGUUUAAACUCUGUUUGAAGAAACCGUUCGUAAGGGUCUGGGUAAGUAUUUUACAAUCCAAAGAGAAAACUAAGGGACAUGAAGUAAAGCCUUUUUUCUGUUUGAUGUCAAGCUUGUUUAUUCAAAUUACACCAAGUUUACCAUAACCAAUUCAGACUGUAACAAGGUUGUUUUUUAAAUACAAUUGCGACUAUGUGACUUUUACACGCUAGAGAAGCUUACCCUGGCAUUGCGUCACCAUUUCUUUCAGCGAGUCUGUUAGGUAAAUUUAAAAUUUGUCACGAACAACUAAUAAAUCAGAAUGAAUAUGUAUUUCUCACACAAUUCCUUAGUUGUUACGUUUCUAUUACCCUCCCUGAUGUAAUCUUCGGUGAAAUAAUUAUAGUCCAACUCUACCGAUAUUAGGCAGGGAGCAAAAAUGAGUGCCCGAUGAAUCGGAGGGUCAACUUGAGGGGUAACUUGCUGUGCACAAAGAUGUCUUCCAGCAGGAUUGUUAAUACUCCUUGUCACUUCAUGCUAAAUAUAUCGUGAUGAGCUGUGGCAGCUUAGGGUACUUGGCUUGUAAAAUGUAAGCUUUCUUUCCAAAAGAGUUCCCUCAGAAUAUCACUCCGUUUUUUUUAAUUACCGUUCAGUCUUUAUCACUCCCUAAUAACUGUGAUCUACCUAUGUCUGUUAGUAUAUCCCGAGUUUUGCUUUUGUUGUUGUUUUCACAAAAGCAAAAUUUCUUUCAUGGUAAUGCUUUGAUGUCAUGACUCGCUGCUAUUUAGCAUCAGAUGUCUUUCUUACUGGCUGCAGGUCUCUCUAAAAGCUGUCAAGUUCGUUUUGGUGCGAAAAUUCGAUUUCUUUCAAACUUUGCCCAUGAGCUAUCUUAGUCUAAAGUAAUCAAAACCACCUUGUUUUUCAAAUGUUGCAAAAUAAAUUUUUGCCAAGCGCAAAUUGCUUCAGCGUUUAAAGUCUAGUUUUUAACUGUGUCGGUCAUCAAAAAUAGAACAAACUGCCGAGCUCGUCUUUUCACAAAACUCUGUUAUGAUAAAUUGUUCUUGCUUUGUAUAUUUAAAUCAAUCCUCUAUCAUAUCAAAUCACACAAGUUUUGCUUUUUCCGCAUUUUUUUAACUCUGAAAAUUAUGUUUUCAGUUCGAGAUCUACUUUGCCGCUGCCGCUAGGGCCAUGAAUAUGCAAUUUUAAUCUCGGCUCAGCGCAGAAGUUCACCUUCUUCUCCCAUCAGACUUGUUAACACAAUGUAGAGGAGUAUAAAAUAAUAAUAAAAAAAGAUAAAAACGUGUUGUGGUUUCAGCGAACUUUUAGGACAAGCCGGCUAACAUAUUAUGUACAUGUUCGAAAAUCCCCACCAAACAAUGCACAACCGGCCUGUAGCGAACAGCUCUUGGAGAAACUGCGUCUUAAUUACCUUAAAUAUUAAGUUUCCUACGUACUUGGUACAGUUUUACUUGCAAGUCUGUGGUAUGAUUUUGGAGUUCAUGAGCGAGUGAUAAUAUACAUUGCCGCAGAUCGACGCUAUCACGGGCUCAAAUAAGAUAUUUCCUCCUUUAACGCAUAGUAUGUCUUGUAUUUAUCGUGGGCAAACUGGCCGUAAGCCCCGAUGUAUGGGCUCUUCUAACGACUAGGGCUAUUGGCUAUUUGUAAAUCGUAAGUACUAUUCCGAUUUCUGCUCUAAAUCAGUAAUGGUUCGUAUCAGUCUAAACAACUGCGUGUAGACUAGAGCCAGGAUAUAAUUCUAAUUGGCAUGAGAUUUUUCGCCUUCUUCGUUUAGAUGAAAGUGAAAGUCCCUUUCAUACUUAAGUACAGCAUAAUCAUGGGAAUCUUUGAUUAAGUUUGUUCAAUUGGUAACUUUGCUUGAGGGCAAAUUUCAGUCUUCUGAUCAGAAGAGCGUUUCGAUAAAUUUUCCUAAGGAAUGUGAUUACAUACGCAUUAUUAGACCUAAGCUAAUUAUGAACGUAACUGCUUGCAAACUGAAUGAGGAAGUGUGGAACCCUAAGGAAACAACGGUUAUUGACAAAAGUAGCACCUGGCCGUCGUAAUACGAUACCUAAACGUCGACAGUUAGAAAAAUAGGUCCGCAAUACGUACAUGUGUGGCUUACGAAAUUGAGCUGUUUUUUAGUAUCUGGUGUCUUAUUGGGUUUCUAUUGGAAGAGCUGAUAUCUGAUUACCAUUAGAUAAUUUUCAAAAUUGAUCAUGUUCAUCAAUAACACAAGAUAACUAGCAUACAAAAGUCCUGAAAUGUUCGUUCAGAAGAUGAGAGUUAUUGGCCAAACUUUGUUAAGGAAGUCUCAUUUUGACAACAAAGGUUGCACAUGUAACCUGAGGAUUUUAGGAACUGAAAAAGCAUUAGCAUAAUCUCCCAUAGUGGCCUGAUAGAUUUUGUUAUGAUUAUAUUUACGUAACGAAGUGGAAAUGAAUCCUGAAGUUGGUAGGUCGAUUGUCUUUUCCAAGGCAAUGAACUCUAAGGAAGCAUUUCAUAUGAAUAUUUUUGACAUUUUGUGUACCAGUACACGAGGACAAAACUUUGCAGAAGGGUAGGGACAUUCGGGAAAGGAUGUAAUCUACACUAGAGGCCAUUGGGAGCUUGAUUUGGUUUGAAUGUAUGACUAAUUUUGGACAAUAUAUACAUGUAAAGUAACAUAAUGCUAAGUGUAGGUUUCUUUUGUCCACCAGGGCAUAAAGUUCAACUUUCAGUUGGUUGAAAGCAAAACGUUUACUAUAAUUAUUCUAUUUAGGUUUUGUGGGACUGUAUUUUCAAUAAAGAACACAGAAAAUUUUAGUUGAGGUAAGCAGACAUGAGGUUGCAAAUGGAAGAAUCUAGGGAAAAAAGAAAAGUGCAUUACAAGAUCAGAACACAAGCAAUAUUUUAAUGAAUCAUAUGUUGAGUUAAGUACUCUAAAGUAACACUACAUUCACGUUGCUAAUAAUUUUUAACCCAAUAAGAUUUACAACUUGACCUGGAGAUUUUAUUUAACAGAAAGUUCAAUAGAGAUAGAGUGUCACCAUAAUAGAUUUCAGGAACAGUAAUCAGAGACAUAACUUAAACACAGCAGAGUUCAAUGUAAAGGCAAGUGCAUGAUGGUAUCAUAUGAUUUAAACUACCAGAAGCUUUCAAGUUUUCUUAUUAUUGAAAUUAUAAUUUCAUGCCAGUGAGUCUACCAAAUUCAAGUUAUGUGGAGAAAUGAAUAGGUGAACUUGACAUCAUAAUGCAAACUUGGGUCAACUUCACAUCAUCAUGCAAAGUGCGAAUCUACUGUACAAAAAGGUCCAAAACAAACAUGGUAAGCAACUGAACUUCAUGUAUCACUCUGUGCUAGAGCACACAAGAGGACUUGUGAGACCUGCUUCACUCUCAUUUGCCAGAACAAGAUUGAACUUCUGGUACCAAUCAAAAUUCAGAAUGAUUGUGACAGUUUGGAACUGAUCUGUUAAGACUGUGCUUUUAAGGGGUCUACAGGUCUGAUUAGAACCCUGGGUCUCUGAGGAUACCAGAUGGUUAUCUAAUCCACAUCAAGUAGCUCUAACUUUUAACUAUAAACACAACAAAUGUCAGUUUCAUUAAACUGUCUUCAUAAAAACUCAAGUCUAAGUUAAGUUAAUUAAAGUGUACUUUGGUAUUCUAAAUAAGCACAAGUAAAUUUUUCACAGAAAACAAAUGUUGAGCUCAUAGGGUGUGUGCAGUUUAAAGUAUUUGAAAAAUUUAAAAGUGCUUAUCAUAUGAUAAAUCAAGUUAUUAAUUAUUCAUAAUGUAUACAUGAAAGAUACACAUUUACAGGAAAUCAACAAACUGAUGACAGAUAAAUUUGACUGUAUUGACUAAAUGAAGUGUGUGCCAUCAAAAUUUGUCCUUCAGCUGAAUUCUUACUCAGAAAUACAAUUUUGUUAGUGUUUAUCAUUAUAAAUAAAAGUAUCCAAGCUUUUGUUUAUUUUUGUCAGCUACUGCAUGUAUCAAUCGGAACAACCUACUUUGUGUAAAUCUGAUUGGUUUCUAAUGUGAUCUAUUGUUGCUGAGCCUAGUUUAUAUCAUUUUGUACAUUAGUUAUUACUUUUUCACUAAUGGUAAAUGAAAAAGGCACCUAGCUAUUUUCAACCCAUCAAAAGAGUGUAAAUUUUCAUGUAUAUCAGUAUUGUGAUGAAUUCACCAAACCAAACAAGUAACUGAAAAGGAGUUGUAGUCUACCAAAUAACGGCCUAAUACACAUGUAUUGCUACCAAGUAUAAACACCAAUGCUUAUCUGAACCAUUAUGAAGAGAAUCUAAAAGACUGCCAAGGUUAAAGGAAGUCGGCUAAAAAUUGUUUAUUCUAUUCGUAUUCGAUGACAUGUAAUUCCAUGGGUGGCCGGGUAUUCUGCAGUUUAACCUAAAUUUUAUCUUAGCAUGUACUUAAAAGCCUGGUUAAGUAAUUUUCUUACUGAGCAUGUAGUAUAAACAGAAAUUCAGGAUAAAAAACGUUGCGGUAAAUGACUUACGUGAAAUGUCAAUAAUUACUCCCAAGUUUCAAGGUGGCGCGACCUGCACUAGAGGUCCAGACCGUGAAAUGUUGGCUGGGGAGAGCACAACUCCACGCUGUAAUUCGCACUUAGAAGACAAGCCAACUGUAAGAAAGCCGGCGUGUGAAGUCUAAGCAACAAAGAUGAACUAAAAACUAGAUAAAAAACGAUCUUCGACUGCGUGUUAGUCAGCCACCAUUGCAAACUGGUCGCUUGCAGAAACAUUUUUUGGGAUCACUUUCUGAAGGAGCUUAGAAACCAGGCUCAACUUAGUAGCCAAGCCUACUGAAUUUGUGCCCAAGCCUUUUCUUGCUUGCGUGACCUUUUUUGUCACACUAGAGAAUACAAGGAACUUCGGCGAGUAGUAAACACAAGUAUUAAGUAUUUUGUGUUUUACAACCUAAAUUUAGUGUUUCCUUUAUUAAUAACCUUAUACUUUCUUGAUCUGAUACUGGAACCUAUCUCCGACGAUAGUAAACCACGUGACAAGCGCUCCGUUCACCGUGACAAAUCCAGCCAUGUAUAAAUAUCUUGGAUCAUGGCAUAGCGUGGACUACAAACCGUGUAAGCUACACAAAAAUAUUACAGACUUCAAUAUUAUGUGUGCGUAGGCCUUGCCAUCGCGCUGUGACACGGUUCAGUGGUCAUAUGCAAAUUCGGGUAACAAUCAUUGAUAAACGAAUAGUGAUGAUUUAAAGAAAACCAAAGUGGCUUGAGAAUUUAAGGUUGUACAGACUCAACCAAGGAUUGCUACGAACAAAUAUAGUCCUUAAUCCGUUGAUCAGCUACAGAUUUGUAUCACCAUGAUCAUAUUUCGUACCGAACGUGACAACAUCUUUGUCAGUUUCGAAACGCUUGGUUAAUACUUACUUUAUUAUCGUUUUUGUUCUGAUUCAUUUUUAUCAAUAAGUCUUUCGUUAGUUAAUGGUUAUUACACAAUAAGUUUGUUAUUCCCGAUCAAUUCCCAUUUAAGUACAUGUGUAAAGAUUCUAUUUCAAUCAUCGCCACUAAAUCAUCGCUGCUAGAUAAUCGCUAUGAGCUAUUUGCUAUCGUUAGGAGCUAUACCAAAGUAAGUCUUUAUUUCUUUUACAUUUACGUUGUUUACCUUUUGUAUGUAUUAUUGGUGUAGUUCUCGUAUUCAGUUUUCCGUGCAAUCUCCUGGUUAAUGUUACAUUUCGCGAUUCAUUUUUCUUAGUUUUGUUUCUGUUGUAUUUUCUUUUAGUUCGAACCACACGCAACUUCAACCGCUACUCUCAUCAAGCAAAUUAACGUCUUAGCGCUAUCAUCUAAAAUUAAUGAAGAUUACUGUGUGCGUUCGAAUUGUCCGCUCAGUCAUUUAGGUAACCUUUUAAGGUUAAAACCUUGAGCAAGACUUUUACUCUGUGUCCUCUGUGGAGCCAAGCAUGCAUAUCGAAGGGUAAUCACAAAUUCACUUUUACACGAGCACUUUAGAAGUUUCACAAGGACAUGACAGCCAUUCAGUAAAGUAUAGGACUCUUAGAAAGUCUUGCCUGCAUUCGGACUGUGCUGUUAAGUGUCCGGAUUGGCGGAACUGGUGAGAUAGCAAAUGUGUACCUCGGUUUGCUUCACGGAUUCCGUUCACGGGAAAAGGAAACAACAGAAAUCCACAAACACCAAUUCAAAGCCUUGGCUGUGCUCAGUUCUGUUGUAAAGCACUUAGGAAGCCACUAGAGUACUCAAAAAGCGGAGAGAAACACUCGAUGUCUCUAUUCGUUUUAUAAUAAAGAAUCCGUUUAAUUCCCCAAUUUUCAAAACAAAUUUUAUUUUCAAAGUGAACAACAGUGUAGUCAGCAUGCUCUAUACUCUCGUAAAACACACUACAAUGAGCCAAUCAGAAUCUUUGAUAAAAUGGUUCAAAUAAUCUAAUUGGUUGAACAAGACUACAGCUGUCAAAAAUGUCAAACUAUUAAAGCUCACAAACCGUCAAAGUUCACAAUUUGCAAUAGUUUACAAAACUGAAAUACUUCGGCGCGGCAGGUUGAAUUUAACACUUUUGCCUGAAGUUUUUUAAGUCUCUAAUACAGAAUCUAAAGUUAAAAUAAAUCUAGAAAUCCGGACGAGUUGAAGCUCAUAAACACACGCGGUUUUUUUCGCAUGGCAAUUAGAAAACAAACUGCUCAAGGCGGUGUUUUAUAAAUGAACGACGGUCAAAUUCACAGGAACAUUGCUCGCGGUGACUGCGCCGUGCUGCUGAGACUGAUGUGGCCUUCCACUCGACGCACUGGAAGGGUAUCAGAGUAAGCUCUCAGUUGUUUACUCGAUGGGCGGCUGAUGUAAUUUCUGAGGCUUGCUUCACCGCGAUGACCGGAGAUCGCUAUGAUAAGCCAGCUGUGAUGGACCUCAGCAUGAUCGCAGUCGCUCUGACACCGUCAUGAUUAGUAUUAAUUUUUAACAAUUAUGCCAGUUUGGCUAUAUUUGUCAUAAUUCGGUCUUUUUUUCUUUUGUUUUUGAACACGAAACUAUGCAUACUAUACGAGUGUUAGAAUGGCUCCGGUUGCUCUUGCAUACGGCGGAGAAAAAAAGUGGAAAAAAGCUUAGACAGAAGCAUAUUAAUGAGUGACUUAAGAGAGAGCAACAUGAAUGUUUGUCACACCACCAGGUGUGACAAACUGACAAGUCAAAAUUGCUAGGUCAAACUGACAGUGCAGGCAGGAUAUUGUAUGGCAUAUCUGUGACUGCCAAGUCAAGAUUUGUCCUUAACUAACUUUAAUCUACAGUAUAUGAUAUUCUAAUGUAGCGGAUAUGCAAACAAGCCAGAUUUUAAACUGAUAUCAACCGAGACGUUUUUAGAGAAAUCUAGUCUCAUUUUGAUUAAGAGACAGUCAGAGAACAUAAUAUCAUUACUCAAGACUGAUCGACUUAUUUACUUCGACGAUGACCUGAUUCGUUCGUUACCAACAGUUCCCGCCUCAGUUUUAUGACACCUAACCGGGCAACGUAAAGGCGACAGUCGAGUUUUGUUAUGGGCACCUGUUUUGACAAGCAUGUACGUAUGUCAGCAGGGCACUUCCAUGAUUCUAACAUGACGCUAACAGUAAGUUAGCUGAUACAGGAAAUUUGCAUUUGUCUGACGAAAGUUUUUCAAUUUAUCAUCACUUUUCGAACAAUCUUUUGUAUAAUUUCGAUCAAUCUGAAAUACGCUGUAUAGCAAACAGCCAUGCACAGUAAUGCAAUAGGUACUUGGAAGACUUUAUAAGUAGAUGUACAUCAAGAAUCAAACAUCCUACAACGGCACACAGCGAUGCAAGUCUUUCAGCUAAAUCUUUUACAUGCACCCAGUGCUUGCAGUGAUCAUUUUUUUUUCAAUUUUUGGGGUAACAUCAUUGAGAAGGAUUAUUUUCAAAUAUAAGUUCCAUUAUCCUGGAAAGGGGACAGGGGGGGGGGGGGUUUGAGGCAUGAAACAAGCUGCUUCCUUGUAGUUACUUUGCCUUUUUUCACAUAGGGAUAAUGUAUUUGAUCUCUUGAUUCAACCACAGGUCAACGUUCAUCAUAUGCUGUAUGGAUCAUUUUUUGGUCACAGUUUCAAUUCUUCUACUUUUUGUUACCCUUUCAUCCUCUGAUGAAGGUAUGUGGGAUCAAUAAAGAGGGUUUUAAUGAGGUGAUGGAUUUUACGGCUAACGGUUAAAAUUUUGGCAAUUUUACGGCCAGCGGUUGAUUUUUUCCCGUUAUGGUUAAGUUAAAAAGUUUUACGUGAAUCUUUUUUCACAACUUAUGGUCAAACUAAGUCCAUUUUUACGGCUAUCGGCUAAAGUUUUUGGCCGUUUCACGGCUAACGGCUAACCACACGAGACCUUUAAUAAAGUUUGAUACUUUUUUUCUUGAGCCACGUUACUCAAGUCCUUUCCUAUUUAAUGAGGGCUUCUGUCAAUAAUAAUUGUCCGAAAAAGAAAAUUAACUGUUUUUCCAAACAGUAAACUUAUAUCAUUAUUCGUUAAUGUACUUGAGAUAACUUCGUUACCUGAAAGGAUCGAUUUUUCAGUGUCAUAAAAUAUCUGAUCACGAAAUACUGCACGCGUGAAGUGUUAAGAUGUAGGUACGUUAGCAUCAUUGUGAAGUUUUAGAUUCGCGCCUUCUCCUGGAGAAAUAUUGUAUACAAGUGAUUGAGCACUUUUGCUGCGUCAGAGUGGCCUUAUCUUACAAUCCGGGGCAUGCCGGAAAGAAUUUGAGGAAGUUCCGGAAGCUUUCGACUACUUCUCGGAUUUGAAUAACUUCUCCUGGCCCCCGUCGUGUUUAACUGAGGCUAUAUAAACACCGAGAGUCCCCUGUUGUUGAAGUGGUUCUCUCUUUGUAUCACACGUGCUCACGAGGAAGUUACAUAACAGUCAAUAGUAAUGAAAAGGGAAUGCAUUUACCACAUGGAUUAACGUGACUAUGCGAGUUGUCCUUCUUUCUUCACACAGUGUUCAUUUUUGUCAGAUCAGAAAGCUGUCAUAUUUACACAACUUCAUUACUAACCUUUCAACAUAUUUCUCUGUAGUGAUUUUAGAGAAACAGCCAACACCAACUAAGAACUGGUUCUGGGCACAAUCAAGGCCACCUAAUCCAACCUUUACGCCGUCGCAGUUCGGUGGGCCGAGCGGGGUAUGAUUACAUCUUUCAACUGUUGUUUUCGCUUGGUGAUUAGAAUCAAAAUUAGAUGACAAAGAGAAUUGUCACCUUUCAGUAAAAAAAUAGUUAUCAAGGUUUGGGGAAAUUAGCUGUCUUCAGUUUUGAUUGUGCUUCACAAUGCGACAGAAAAUGAAGGAGUGUUUCUCAAAUACCAAUCAUUAAAAUCAGUUUAUUUUUGGUUUAGAUUGGAUGCUCCGGCUGUCUCUAGAUCGCAAGGAAAAUUUCUGAUCGGACCUCGUCUGGGUUUAAUUUAUAUUCUUCAAUACUCUUGAAUAUUUUUUACAUCUGUCAUUUUAAAUUGAAGAUUAAUUUUACAUGGUUCGUACGCACUCUUAUCCUUUAAAUAAAUACCGAAACGAAUUUUCGGUAUUUAUUUAAAGAAAAUUACACGAUCUAUCACAACAUUUUCUUUUCUUUUUAUUUUGCCCCUUUCUUAUCAAAAAUGAUCUUCUUAAGCUGAAAAUGAUCAAGAAGGAAUGAAAGGUUGUCUUCGUUUAAAUGAUUUUUACCUCUCGUUUAGCAAUAUGUUUACGUUACUCACUGAAGCUGGAAGUUAAAAUGUUAGAUGUUCAUCAUUAAAACCCCCAAAAACACAGUGCUAUAAUGAGUGAAAUCAAGUGUGCCUUGGUUACAAUCGAAAACAGCUCUUUCUUUUCAAAUGGAUAAAACCUAAUAACCUCCUGAUAUAUUAUUUCAACUGAUUAAUAGUGGGGGAAGCAGACAUAUUAUUCAACCUGUGAUAUUUCUGAGGAUGCAUACCCACAACCAAACAACUGGCUUACAAGUGAUCCUAUUGAGGUCCACAGAGGAGUGACAGCAGUCUACAUUACUCUUGAGUACCGAACUGGUAAUUGUUCUCUGAGAAAUGGAGGGAAAUAUUGUAAAGAGUAUUUUGACUUAUACGUACAUCAGUCCGGGCAAUCAACGCAACCCGACCCCCUAACAAACAGUGCUUCUUAUGACAAGAUUGCUAGAACAGCUCCGUCAGCUCUUGGUAUUAGAGUGUCUCAAACGUUUAGUGUAAAUGUUAAAGAAAAGUACAUCGUAUUGGCUUUUCAUGACCAGGGUUCAUGUAGUCUCCUUUACUCCGUCGCUGUUAAGUAUUACUUCUGCCCAGAGACAGUUCAUGUUGGUGGUUUGGUGAACUUACCACGUACAAUUGCUCCAGCAAACAACUCAGUUCCAGUUGUAAGUAGUUGUACUAAAAAUGCCGUCCACGAGCAAGGUAUUUUAAGGGUGAACUGCCAAAGUGAUGGGGGCUGGAACAUCAGUUCACUUAAAGGAAAUUGUAUAUGCAAAGAAGACAUGGAAAAUGUAGGAGGAGAAUGCAAAGGUAUGUAUAACUACAGUAACAUAGAAGUGCAGUGCUGA